AUGUCUCCUACAACAAGACAAAUUGUUUCUACAAAAAAUAAUAAUCCACGAAAAAACAAUUUCACCGAGAAAAGUCCUGUAACGGUUAAUCAGAAGUCCAAUAUGGUUAAACCAAAAAAGCAAGAUUCUACAUACCAACCCAAACAUUCACGUAAACCAUCGAAUCAAUUCAAGGAUAGAAAGCAAAAUCAGUUGGAAAUUCAAAGGGUAUUAGGUGGCCGAUUUAUUGAUCGUCCUGUUGUGUUUUCAAAGGAUUCUAAAUAUUUUUUCUGUUGUUGCUCAAACUCCGUUAAAGUUGUCAGCGUUGAAACUGGUGAAAUUAUAAAAACAUUUUCCAUUUCACCAGAAGAAAUUGGAAGUCAUAAGAAAGAUGUAACAUUUAUAAAGAUGGAUCCAAAUAACGAUGACCAGUUAUACUCUGCUUCUUUAGAUGGCACAAUCAAAUUGUGGAAUUAUACACGUCUUAUAAGGGAAUAUUAUGUGGGUUUGCCAAUCCUCCGAAUGGAGAUGCAUGCCGCACAUCCAAAUCAAUUUUUUAUUGUAACCCCCGAACCUCAAAAGCCUGAUCCAAAGACAGGCUUACGAAAUAAACAAGAGAAGCAUGCAUUGUUGUAUAUCAAAUUUGAUAAGCAAGCAAACAUUAUUCAGAGCUCUCUUAUAUGUAAAUCUAACAGUACAUGUACUGGCUUAGAUAUUAGUGAAAAUGGAGAUUUUCUGGUUAUUACUUUUGUUCAAACAAUUCGAGUAAUUGAUUUGAAAUCGAUCAAUGACACAUCAAAUCAGGCAUGGCCAAAAUAUAUUCAUCCAACGAGUAUUUCUUGUGUUGCAAUUAAUUCACAUAAGGGAUUUAUCGCUAUUGGUGAUAUUGCUGGCAAAAUUACUUACUGGUAUUGUCUUGACAAAUUGCAACUAGAAAAUCCUGUAACAUCUGAAUUUCAUUGGCAUGCACAUAAAGUUAAUUCCCUCGUUUUUUCGAGUGAUGGUAAUUACUUAGUAUCUGGCGGAGAAGAAGCCGUUCUUAGCAUUUGGCGAGUUGAAGAUGGUCACGUGAUGUUUGUUCCUCGACUUGGCGCCGAAAUUACCAGUAUCUCGAUUAGCCUUGACCAGGCUACGUAUGCUGUUGGUUUAUUGGAUAACUCAAUAAAAUUGAUUUCCAUGAUUAAUUUUUCAUUAAAGCGGGCUUUACAGGGGUUAAAAUAUAAGCAAAAUGAGUCUUGUACAAAUCCGUUGUCCACUGGCCUUGUCUUGGAACCUAAGAACCAUGAUGUCGUCCUAAAUGGCCUUCCUGGAACUAUUCAGUUUUACAACGUUUACUUGGAUAGACAUGUAAUGGAACUCGAAAUUUCGGUAACGAAUAGGGUAUCGAGAACUUUCGAAAAAGAAAUCGUUCGUCACUCUGUAAAGCACGUUUGUUUUUCUAAAAAUGGGAAUUGGAUGGCAACGAUUGAUGCAAGAAAUGAUGGAGUAAACACUCCUGAAUUAUACUUGAAGUUUUGGCAUUUUGAUCCAAAUUCACAUAAUUAUCAGCAGCAUUGUCGUAUUGAUUAUCCUCAUUCUGAAGAUAUUUUGUCAUUAUGUUUUCACACUGGCACAAACGACAAUGAUCCAAUUUUUAUUACGACUAGUCUUGACACAAAGUUUAAAAUAUGGCAACUUAAUAAAUCGAACGAUGAUGAUUCCAUCGAAGCAGCCGUUUGGGCUUGCGGCUUUAUUGGUUCCUACAAAAAAUUUAUUCCAAGAAUGGCUGCUGUUUCUAAAGACGGAGCUGUACUCGCAGUUUCAUUUAAUAACACAAUAACUUUAUGGGACGCUUGUAAAUUUAAACUUAAGCGAACUUUACAGUGUAUGCCUAGUAAUGAAAAUGUGAAGCAUAUUUUAUUCACUAAUGACGAGCCAUUUCUUGUAUCGACAACGGAUACAUUUCUUUACGUUUGGAAUCUACUUACAUGUGACGUUUGGUAUAGGCAUAUAUUAGAAGUUGAACUAGUCGCUCUGGAUCCAAACAGCUCCGAUUUUGUGGUUGCUUGGAAUAACAGAUUUUUGAAAGAAUGCCAGCUUAUGAUUUUUAAUCCAAGGCAUAACGAUCCUUUAAGAGUUCAUAAAAUGAAGCAUGUUGUUGAGUCAUUGACUUACUUGCCUAGACGUUCAGAUGACUUAGAGGAAUCAUUUCCUGGACAGAAAUCUGAUAUAUUAUAUAUUACUGAAAAGAAUGACAUGCAUGUUUUAAAUGAACUUUCGCCAAUUAAGCCUAAGGUAUCAUCUCAGAAGUUGGAAUCAACAUCGAAUUCUUAUUUCUCAGAUAUUUUUGGUAACAAAGCGGAAAUUUCGGUGCAGAAAUGUGUUUUGUGA